AUGGCGCGGUCGGUUUCUCAGGGGGCAUGUAUGCUAUCAAGAGGUACCAUCAGUUCAAGAUGCUGUUAUGAGAUCUUUGAUGGUAUCGAUCCAAUCACGAGGAUCAGCGAGGAUCGCGGGUUCGUCAAAGUCUUUGUGCAGGUCUUGAUGCGGCAUUGUCGUGAUGGUGGUGGUAAAAGGGUUGACGGUGCAACGCCAAAGUCUUCGGGAUAUGGAAUUUUUGAGCUCGAUGCAAAUCACUCGGAUAAGAGCAUAGUGAUGAACCGUCAACCGGAAGUGUUCGCAGAUGUGUCUUUCGUUCUUUCCUAUGGUGCUCGAGAGAAUGCAUUUACUCUCAAAUACAAAACUCGUAGUCCGGCAAACUUUUCAGCCUCUUACCAUCUUUUUCUAACUCGCAGCUUCCAUCGUGUCGACGUCCCUCUCGCCGCCUUCGGGUUUGCUCUUCCGCGCAGCGCUCCGGCGUCUCCACUACUCGUCGCUGGAGUCUCCUUACUGUUGUAA